CUAUAUGCAGGCACCAUCAACAAUCAUGCAGGCACCGUUCUUACCCACUGUCUCAUUUGUUCCCUUCACUACUUGCAGAUGUGCGGCCCGCGUGCAAGUCCGGCGCUGCGUGCAUGAUGGUAACGAAUGAUCUUUGAGGGCAGUGUUAUAUACAUACAAGGACGCCUCGUUAGAAAAAGUAAGAAAGGAUUUGAUCAUAUGUCUAUUGUGUGUCAGUCGUAGGUUAAAGUACCGCCUGUUUCCAUUGUCUUGUCUUCUUUCAAGUCUUCUGAAUGCCCCGAUACGAUACAACACCUUAUUCGUAUUAUCAGCCCUCGAGACCGCCUUCAAGCUACACACCAGCCUUUUCUUAUACUGGUUACCAUCGUCUUGCCCCGCCGACAGCACUUCACCCCUUGCCCACGCGCAUCGAUUCUGGUGUCGAUAUAUCCUCGACACGCAGCAGACAUGUGCUGGUUUACCCUAACACCAGCCAAAGGGGGAAAGCAACAUCGCCCUUCUACAGACUCUUCAUGUGCGGAGGAACUCGUUCGCGUCCAUCGUAGUCCAGCAUCGCCGCGUUUCAGCGACGUUCGCGUCAAAGUGCCUAACAUAACCCUCGAGGUGGAUGAAAAGGGCGGACACCAUCACGCGCACUUUGACGCACACCUGAAUCAUCACCACAGACAUCCGCAUUUGCACCCACUGCACAUGCAUCCGAUUCACGGCCAUCACCACCACCACGACCUUAGUAUGUCCGACAUUACAGAAGUUCGCCUUCGAGGCCCAGGCAGACAACGCACUAUUUCAGCCCCUUGUCCUCCGCCACCAACCCGCGAACCAUCUCGCUGCCCGCCAACUUCUCGCCCUCGCCCUCGUCAACCCACCUACCAUACCCAAAUCGUUGAGCCGAGAACAAGUACAACAACAGUCCGAGAAAGCACCCGCGCGGCUCUCCGCAGCGUCCAACAAGAGCGAACGCGAGGUGCCUUACGCAGAGUUGCCGGUUACGAAGUCUUGGGUAAACAAACCCCGUGGGACUGGGAUUGCAUAAGUAGUACCGUGGGGAGUAGUGCAAGUGGCGGUGGGAGGUGGAUGAGGAGGAGAAGACCAAGUGGAUUGAAGUAUCCGCCGUUUGGGACUAUGGAUCGGUGGAUGUAGUGUGUAAUUCCCUUGUUGAGGGCGAUUUGGAGUUUAUCCGCUGGGUUUGGGAGUUUGGAGUUUGGCUUUUGUUGUGGUUAUA